UGCCUACUGGCCGGCAUUUUCUUCCACACCACAAAGCAGCAAGCGUAGCAUCAGGCAAGCAAAGCCUCGGGUCCAAACCGAGCCAAGAAAACUCGACUCUUCUCUCGAAGCCUCCAGUUCAACUUCAACCGAGCCAAGAAAGCCAGCCACCAUCGUCGCCAUGGCUCCCAACCUCAGCAAGGCCACGGCCGACCACGGCCACCUCGCAGACGCGGUCGCCGUCGAGGGCGUCAAGCCGUCGCGCUUCACCCUCAAGGGCAAGAACCUCGCCGUGGACGGACACCCUUUCCUGCUCGACGCGCCCGCCAACAUCCACCUCACCCCGGCGUCAGCCCUCGUGUCCGCCGCCGACGCCGCGGGCGGAGGCAGCUUCCUAGGCUUCGACGUGCCUGCGGCCAAGAGCCGGCACGUGGUGCCCGUCGGUAAGCUCCGCGACAUACGGUUCAUGAGCAUUUUCCGUUUCAAGGUGUGGUGGACGACCCACUGGGUGGGCGACAACGGCAGGGACGUCGAGAACGAGACGCAGAUGAUGGUGCUCGACCGCUCGGAGUCGGCCGGCCGACCAUACGUGCUCCUCCUCCCCAUCAUCGAGGGCUCCUUCCGGGCCUGCCUCGAGUCCGGGAAGGUGGAGGACUACGUGGACUUGUGCGUGGAGAGCGGGUCGUCCAUGGUGACGGGCUCCGUGUUCCGGAGCGCCCUGUACCUGCACGCCGGCGACGACCCGUUCGAGCUGGUGAAGGAGGCCGUGAAGGUGGUACGCGCCCACCUGGGGACGUUCCGGAUGAUGGAGGAGAAGACGCCUCCGCCAAUCGUGGACAAGUUCGGAUGGUGCACGUGGGACGCCUUCUACCUGAAGGUGCACCCGGAGGGCGUGUGGGAGGGCGUGCGGCGCCUGGCUGAGGGCGGGUGCCCGCCGGGACUAGUGCUCAUCGACGACGGGUGGCAGUCCAUCUGCCACGACGAGGACGACCCGAACAGCGGCGCAGAGGGCAUGAACCGCACGUCGGCCGGCGAGCAGAUGCCGUGCCGGCUGAUAAAGUUCCAGGAGAACCACAAGUUCAGGGGCUACAAGCAGGGCGGCAUGGGAGAGUUCGUGCGGGAGAUGAAGGCCACGUUCCCGACAGUGGAGCAGGUGUACGUGUGGCACGCGCUGUGCGGGUACUGGGGCGGCCUCCGUCCCGGCGCGCCGGGCCUGCCGCCGGCCAAGGUCGUGGCGCCCAAGCUCUCCCCCGGGCUGCAGCGCACCAUGGAGGACCUCGCCGUCGACAAGAUCGUCAACAACGGCGUCGGGCUCGUCGACCCCCAGAGCGCCCACGAGCUCUACGAGGGACUGCACUCCCACCUCAAGGCCUCCGGCAUCGACGGCGUCAAGGUUGACGUCAUUCACUUGCUGGAGAUGCUGUGCGAGGAGUACGGUGGGCGCGUGGAGCUGGCCAAGGCCUAUUUCAGCGGUCUGACGGCGUCGGUGCGCCGCCACUUCGGCGGCAACGGCGUGAUCGCGAGCAUGGAGCACUGCAACGACUUCAUGCUGCUGGGCACGGAGGCGGUGGCGCUGGGCCGCGUCGGUGACGACUUCUGGUGCACGGACCCCUCCGGCGACCCCAACGGCACCUUCUGGUUGCAGGGCUGCCACAUGGUUCACUGCGCCUACAACUCGCUCUGGAUGGGACACUUCAUCCACCCGGACUGGGACAUGUUCCAGUCCACGCACCCCUGCGCCUCCUUCCACGCCGCCUCCCGCGCCGUCUCCGGCGGGCCCGUCUACGUCAGCGACGCCGUGGGCCAGCACAACUUCGCGCUGCUCCGCCGCCUGGCGCUCCCCGACGGCACCAUCCUCCGGUGCGAGGGCUACGCGCUGCCCACACGCGACUGCCUCUUCAGGGACCCGCUCCACGAUGGCCGGACCAUGCUCAAGAUCUGGAACGUCAACAGGUUCGCCGGCGUCGUCGGCGUGUUCAACUGCCAGGGCGGCGGGUGGAGCCCCGAGGCGCGGCGGAACAAGUGCGCCUCGGAGUCCUCCGUGCCCGUCACGGCGCGCGCCUCGCCGGCGGACGUCGAGUGGAAAAGCGGGACGAGCCCGGGCGUCAACGUGAAGGGCGUCUCCCAGUUCGCCGUGUACAAGGUCGAGGCCAAGAAGCUGCAGCUCCUGCGCCCCGACGAGGGCGUGGAGCUCACGCUCGAACCCUUCACCCACGAGCUCCUCGUCGUCGCCCCCGUGCGCGUCAUCUCGCCCGAGCGGGCAAUCAAGUUCGCGCCCAUCGGGCUCGCCAACAUGCUCAACACAGGCGGUGCCGUGCAGGCCUUCGAGACCGAGAAAGGGGCGGCCGGCGCCGUGACGGUAGAGGUGGCCGUGAAGGGCGCGGGGGAGAUGGUGGCGUACUCGUCGGCGAGCCCCAAGUCCUGCAUGGUGAACGGUGAGGAGGUCGAGUUCGCGUACAAGGAUGGCAUGGUCAUCGUCGACGUGCCGUGGUCGGGGUCAUCCUCUAAUUUGUGUCGCGUCGAGUAUGUCUACUGAGUCGGACACGGACGGCUCCUGCCUCGGCACUAUUUGCUUAGGCUGCAAUAAUCAAGUGUGAAGAGUUUAAUUAGCAAGUUAUACAGCUCUAAUGAUGCCAAUUUGUUUUCCUUUUUUGUAAGGAAUUUAUAAUGUGAAUUAAUGGAGUGCUUUCUUCUGAA